AUGAAGGACUUGGUUAAGCACGUGGUGCUAAAGACGCACCCGUGUCAGGAGUGCGGCAAAUCCUUCAGCAAGAAGGGAAACCUGAAGAGACACCAGCGGAUCCACACGGGUGAACGGAUGUUCCCCUGUCCCGAAUGCGGGAAGAGUUUCAAUCAGAAAUCAAACCUGACCAGGCACAGGAAGAUUCACACGAGCGAGGGGCCAUACAAGUGCAAUGAGUGUGGGGAGAGCUUCCGCAUGAACCGCAAGCUGAUCCGCCACCAGCGAGUCCACAUGAGCGAGCCCUUCAAAUGCACCGAGUGUGGGAAGAGCUUCACCCAGCGGUCAAAUCUGGUUCGGCAUCAGAGGAUCCACACCAAGGAGGAACCCUACCAGUGCCCUGAGUGCGAGAAGACCUUCAAUCAGAAGGCCAACCUCUUCCGUCACCAAACAAUCCACGUCCGCAUGGGGCCUUGCAAGUGCACCAAGUGUGGGAAAUGCUUCCCCCAGAAGCGCCACCUGAUUAAACACCAGCUGCUCCACUCCCGAGGUGGGGCCUACAAGUGUGGGGUCUGUGGGAAGCGCUACCGGCUGAAGAAGUACCUGAGGAGACACCAGAAAAUCCAUGCACGGGAAGGAACUGCUCCCUGCGUGAAAGGGGGGGAGGCCCUAUCACUGAGAGAACCACACUACAUUCUACCCACAAUGCAGCAGGUGGACAAUGCCAGAGCAAGAUGCAUACCAGUGGUAACCAAAUGGAUGUCAUGGGUGAAAAGCCCUCCGGGCUCUGCCAACUGCAUUGACCAGCUCUCUACCAACUAUGCUGAGAGCUCAGACCUCCACAUACUGACCCCAGGCCUCCAGUCAGUGACCCACACGUCCCCACCUCUGAAGAACCUGGUGAUGGAACAGUCAGCAGUGAUGACACUGGAGCUCUCGGAGGUAGAGAAUUUUCUCAGCCACACUCAGGAGAAGUCGUGUACAUGCAUGAUUUGUGGGGACAGUUUUAAGCACAAGGGCAUCUUAGCAGCCCACCAGAAGUCCCAUAAGGAGGAGCCAGAGGCUGAAGGCUGUGAGAAGGAGGGUGAUACUGACCAGGCUGGAGAGCUGCAUGACCAAGAAGCCAUCAGAGCUGGAGAGGAGGCCAAUGGGGAAGGCCAUAGCAAGCACAGCACACAGAGUGAUCCUGAGAGAAGGGAGAAGCCCCAUGCCUGCACCGAGUGUGGGAAGAGCUUCAAGAUGAAGAUGGACCUCACCAAGCACCUCCGGACUCACACAGGCGAAAGACCAUUCCCCUGCACCGACUGCGACAAAAGGUUCAUCACCAAAUCACAACUCAAGGAGCACCAGAGGAUCCACACGGGUGAGCGACCAUACAAGUGCCUGGACUGUGGGAAGAACUUCACCCAGAAGUCGCAGCUCAUUGUGCAUCACCGGAUCCACACAGGUGAGAAGCCCUACCAGUGCAGCAGCUGCCAGAAGAGCUUCGUGGACAAGUCACAGUUGGUGGCCCACUACCGGAUCCACACAGGCGACCGUCCCUUCAAGUGUGGGGUGUGCAGCCGUGGCUUCCGCCAGAAGAUCACCCUCGUCAAGCACCAGCGGGUCCACAGCGCCAAGGGAGCCCAGUGGGAUGCCGCCAGGGUCAUCGUGCCCAAAUCAACUCCGACGGGGGAGAAGAUCUUCCGCUGUAGCACCUGCGGGAAGGAGUUCAAGAAGAAGUCAGUGCUAGUGACCCACCAGAGGAUUCACACCGGGGAGGAGCCCUAUCCCUGCCCCGUGUGCGGGCGGUGCUUCCGGCAGAAGAUCCACCUCACCCGGCAUCAGCGGACCCAUGAGCGGCCCAAUGCCCACAUCUGCGGAGCCUGUGGGGACCACUUUGGCAGCAAGAGGGAGAUGCUGCAGCACCACCAGGGCCACCAUCCCCGGCAGGCCCCUCACACCUGCAUCACCUGUGGAAAACGCUUCAGCCAGAAGGUCGGCCUCACAGCCCACCGCCGUGUCCACGCACGGGAGAAGGAGAACCCCGGUGUCGUAGGGGGUGGGCAGCCCCCCACCGCCCUCAGUGGUACCCACACCUGUGGCCAGUGUGGGAAGACGUUCACCAAGAAGGGCAACUUCGCCAACCACCAGCGGGCUCAUGCCCAGGGCCGGGGUCAUCGCUGCGGGAUUUGUGGCAAGGGCUUCGCCAAACGGGGGGAGCUGACCAAGCAUGAGCGGACCCACACCGGGGAGAAGCCCUACAGGUGUGGGCAUUGCGGCAAGCACUUCGCCCAGCGCACCCAGCUGGUCACCCACCAGCGCGUCCACACCGGCGAGCGGCCCUACCCCUGCGGUGACUGUGGCAAGUGCUUCGGCGACAAGUCACGCCUCACCGUCCACCGACGCAUCCACACUGGUGACCGGCCCUUCUCCUGCAGUCAGUGUGGGAAGGCCUUUGCCCAGAAGGCCCAGCUGGCAGUCCACCACCGCAUCCACACCGGGGAGCGCCCCUUCCCCUGCGCUGACUGCCCCAAGGCCUUCAUCGACAAGUCCCGUCUCGUGGUCCACCGCCGCACCCACACGGGUGACCGCCCCUUCCCCUGUGCCACCUGCGGCCAGGCCUUCACCCAGAAGAUUGCCCUCAUUACCCACCAGCGGGUCCACACCAAGUACGAGCCCAACCGCUGCGGCAAGUGUGGACAGGUCUUCCCUGACAGGGCCCAGCUUUGGCUCCACCAGCCCUCCCACGCUGAGGACCGGCCGUUCAAGUGUGCCACGUGUGGGAAGGACUUCAAAAGGAAGGAGAUCUUGAUUACCCACCAGCGGGUCCACACGGGAGAGGCACCUUUCCAGUGCCCCCAGUGCAGUAAAAGCUUCUCACAGAAAACCAACCUCAUGAAGCACCAGCUCACUCACACACGCCGGGGUCCGUUUAUCUGCUCCGACUGUGGGCAAAGCUACAUCACCAUUGGGCAUUUCAAGAGGCACCAGAGGAACCACCUCAAGAAGCAAAGCCCUCCUGGUGAGGGAGAGGAGCCCCCUGAGGACCUGGCAACUGGCCAUGUGCCACUGGAGCCCGUGGGUGGCCACAGCAGCCCCAUCAUCGUGGUGAAGACAGAGGCUGAUGCUGAUGACUGUGAGGUCCUACAGGUCCCAUGA